AUGGCCGCCCAACAUUCUGAGUUUGAAGAAGUCAUCCCAGGCACACGACGACUCUACGAUGAGAACGGCAACAAUUUACCUGGAGAUGCUUCCCUCCUGAAACAUGGUGACAUCGUCCUCGUACCGCAACCUUCAGAGUCCCCGAACGACCCAUUGCGAUGGUCCAAACCAAGGAAGAUCUGGCACUCUGUCCUGGUCCUGUACAUGGUCGGGCUAACAGCUGCAACAUCCAACAACGCUGGAUCCGGGUCGGAUGGCGUCAACGAAGAGUAUGGCAUCAGCUAUGACGUCUUUAAUACUGGCGCCGGUGUUUUGUUCAUUGCCAUUGGAUACUGGACUUUGCUUAGCUCUCCACUAGUCCAUUUGUACGGACGACGUCUUGGAUAUCUCAUCUCUCUGCUUGUCAAUAUUGGCGGUCUCAUCUGGUAUGGCCGUAUCACCAACGUUGCAGGUGUUGUUUGGAGCCAGCUGUUUGUCGGUGCCGCAGAGUCGGUUGGCGAAGCCACUGUCCAGCUCUCCCUUCUCGACAUCUGGUUCGAGCAUCAAACGGGCAGUGUCUUUGGUAUAUAUACCUUCGCAACCGCCAUAGGUACCUACCUAGGACCUCUUAUCGGAAAUCAUCUGGCCAACGGCCUUGGCUGGCGAUGGAUCGGCUACGCGGGAGCUAUUAUCUGCGGUGUUAGCCUGAUUGUCAUUUUCUUUGGUCUCGAAGAGACUGAAUUCAAUCGUGACCGUUAUCUUACUGGAAACGGAGACCGUUUCGUGGUAGACGCUGAACAUCUAGUGCCCGAGAAGACUAUGGAGCACGCCCCGGUUGGAAUAUUGCCCGACGUGGAAGACACCGUUUCCAUAGACCACAACAUCGCGACCAGCGAAGGACACGAGAAAUGUGUGCAGCCUGUAGAGAAGCGCAAUAGCACAGAGGACUCGUUCAACAACGCCGAAGAUGGAUACCCUUCAAACACUGCAAGAAACCGCAUGUCUUUCUCCCAUUCUCGGCGCAAGACGUACUGGGACCGUAUCAAGGUUAUCACGCCUGCCCCCAACCUCCAAGGUACCGGUGCCAAGCAGUACUUCCAUCGUCUGUGGCACACCCUGCGUGUAUUCACUUUCCCGGCUGUCUGGUACGCUGGUUUUCAGUGGGGCCUGCAAAACAUCUGCCUCUCAUUCUACCUGACUGUCCAAGAAGAUUGGUGGUACAAUGAGCCCUGGAAUUAUACCCAGAACCAGGUCGGUAACAUGAACCUACCAACCCUCAUUGGCAGUCUAAUCGGAUGUGCGUACGGAGGUUACGGCAGUGACAAGUUCAUGCAAUGGAUGAUCAAGCGCAACAAGGGUGUCAUGGAAGCUGAGUUCCGCUUGCAUCUCAUGGCCCUUUGCACACUUGUUUUUCCCACUGGCAUGUGGCUAUUUGGUAUCGGGUCUGCACGUGGUUGGGCAUGGCCUGUACCAUACGUGGGCUUGGGAUUCAUCGGUUUCGGAUAUGGCUGCGCUGGCGACUUGAGUUUAUCCUACCUUGCGGACUCUUUUCCGUUAGUAUUCUCAUCCCAUGCCACUUUGCAUUUACUAACGCUCCGGUAGUGACAUGGUCCUCGAGGGCAUGGUCGGUGUUGCCGUCAUCAACAACACCCUUGCUAUGCUUUUCACGUUCGUUGCAAGUUACUGGAUUGACUCUGGAAUGGAGAACUGCUUCAUUGUCCUUGGCGUCCUUAGCUUUGUAAUCAUGGCUUCGAGUUGGCCUAUGAUUGUGUAUGGCAAGAGUUCUCGCCGCUGGGCAAGAGACAGAUACAUGAAGUUUGUCGAGAUCCGUGAUGGAUUCUCGAAAUAG